UGUAUCCUUCCCCUGAGCAGAUCUUUAUCAAUUAGGGUACUCCGGUCUCGGGGUACACUCUGUGUAUGCGCGUGUGUAGUUAACGGCAGGGCGUAGUUAGCAAAGGUGUGUCUAUUAAGCUGUGUUAAAGACUCAUUAUGUCAAAGUGGACAUAAGAGAAAGUAGGCGGACAUUGAUUUUUUUUCCUCUCUAUCUCAAAGUGUCUUGCUGUCUGCGGAGAAGAGCUGAGUGUCCGGCGGAAAGCAAGCAACAUUAAAAGGAUAUCAGACUGGCAGCUUUUUCCACUGUGACCUCCAGCUACUCCUUCAAGAUUCAACAUUUGGCUGGACUGUGUGCAGCCUAAAUGACUAAGUGGAACUUGUUCAAGCACCAGACAACGCCCAUGGUCGCUGCCAAGCCAACAGGGGCCAGUGCCUUGACUGUGACUCCCGCCCCUGUCGCACUCGUCUCUGCAGACAACUCCACCGAGCCAGUCAGCAAGAACGAUGCCUUUGACGAGAUCAAAAACAAGUUUCUGAAUGAAAUCGAUAAGAUCCCACUGCCAUCCUGGGCCAUCAUUGCCAUUGCUGUGGUCGCCGCUUUACUUAUUCUAACGUGCUGCUUCUGCAUCGUCAAAAAAUGUUGUUGCAAGAAGAAGAAGAACAAGAAGGGCAAGAAGGGAAAGGGUGACAUGGGGAUGAAGAACCUCAAAGGCGGAGAGGACGAUGACGACGAGGAAGACGAUGUUGAACCUGGACUGACUGGAGAUGAGAAAGAAGAGGAGGUGAAGGAGAAGGAGAAGCUUGGCAAGCUGCAGUACUCCAUUGAUUAUGACUUCCAGGAGAACAAGCUGACAGUGGGAAUCUUGCAAGCUGCUGAUCUCCUCUCCAUGGACAGCGGUGGAACCUCUGACCCCUAUGUCAAAGUCUUUGUCCUACCUGACAAGAAAAAGAAGUUUGACACAAAGGUUCACAAGAAAACCCUCAACCCAGUCUUCAAUGAGACUUUUAUCUUUAAGAUUCCAUUCCAAGAGAUGGGAGGAAAAACUCUGGUCAUGUCUGUCUAUGACUUUGAUCGCUUCUCAAAACAUGAUGUCAUUGGCGAGAUUAAAAUACCCAUGAACACCCUUGACUUGGCAAAGCCAAUCGAGGAGUGGCGAGAUUUAGACAGCGCGGACCAAGAAGAGCCGGAGAAGCUGGGUGACAUUUGCAUCUCUCUUCGUUAUGUACCCACUGCUGGUAAGCUCACAAUCUGCAUUCUGGAGGCCAAGAACCUGAAGAAAAUGGACGUGGGGGGUCUUUCAGAUCCCUAUGUGAAGAUUAACCUGCUACAGAAUGGGAAGAGGCUGAAGAAGAAGAAGACGACAGUUAAGAAGAAUACAUUGAAUCCUUACUACAACGAGUCGUUCAGCUUUGAGAUUCCUCUCGAACAAAUGCAGAAAAUUCAAGCUGUGAUCACAGUGCUGGAUUAUGACAAAAUUGGUAAAAACGAUGCCAUCGGGAAGAUCUGGGUAGGGAGCAAGUCGACUGGGGCCGGGCUGAAACACUGGUCCGACAUGUUGGCCAACCCCCGACGCCCCAUUGCCCAGUGGCAUCCACUGCAGCCAGAGGAGGAGGUGGAUGGCGCACUGGCUGCCCUGGCUGCCAAGAAGUAAACUCCCAACCUACUCCCCACGGUGCCCUGGAAUGACCCACAUGUUUCCGAUCAGGUCCACAUGAUCCCACGUGUCAAUGUAUAUUAUGAUCCCCCCCACCCUCCCAAUUCCCUGCCUCUCCUCUCUACCAUCUUUCAAAAGAUCCAUAGAUACAGUACAUGAUGCAAAAUAGAGCUUAAAAAAAAACCAUCAGGUUAUAUGAAAUCAUGCCAUUGAAAAAAAAAGACGACAAGUUAGAGGAUGGACAGAUGCUCUGUUGAUUUUCUUUAGAUCUAUUUUUGUAUUGGGAUUGUGGUUCUGUUACUGAAAGUACAGCAUCAACUACGAUGAACAGUUAGAGCGCUAAAUGGGAAUCUAGCAAGCAGGGGGAUUAAACACCCAUUCGUCAUCUAUAUCAUACCUUUCCCUUUAGCGACACAGUCUGCUUAUGAUAGUGCUUAAUAAUAAAAAUGCUUUAUACUGCCAUAUGAUAGAGGAAUAACACAAGCAGGUCCAUUCCUUGGGUGUAUUGUGCACCACGCUCCACACCUGCCACUUAUCUUACUCGGCCAUUCUUUUCGGUUAACGUACAUUCCUAGAGUUGGGUAGCAAGUAGUGUUAGGCACAUAUCCAGUUACCCACGGACACACUGCCUUUUCGAUUAGUUCACCUUCCACCCAUCAUCUCAGGAAUACUGAGAGGAGACGCCACGCCUUUUUUUCUACACGGGUUGUUAUGAUCAAAGCACGGUGAGAGAGAAACCACUUGAUCGUAUUUCAUGAAGGCGGGUUCUCCAUGCGGAUGGGUAGAUGGAUCUUCGGUUUCAAAGAUGAGGGCAAAUGUGUGUGUUUUAUGUGUCUUUGACUGUGAUUGCAAAAUAUCAUUUCAAGGGACUAUCAGAGUGGCAACAAGGACCAAGACUCGACUGCUCCCACCAACGACAUGACAUUGACAUGGUGUCGGUUGUCGCUGCCUGCCGUCCACCAUCUCCCGUCCCAACGGCACCGUAUCUCACUCAUUCAGUGCUACUGCCAUAAGUCAUGGACUCCACAUAAGGGUUUCACCGCUGUACUGUCCUACAGUCAUAAAGGAGACAAGCCUUCCAAGUAUCAAAAUAAGCAAUUUUCAACUACCAGGGACGCCUUCCGCUUAGUGUUGUUGUUCGCUUCGUUUUGAUUUAUGCCAUUAUUUUAUUUAAAACACCUUAAUUCCUCAAGCACUUUAACUCCAAAUGUUUCAUCUAAACAUUGUUCAAAGCCAGAGCUUUAAUGGUUACUUUUAGGAAGAAUUAUUCACGGGAUAAUCUGUGGAGGUGAUUGUGUGUACUUUAUGCCGCAGAUUUGCGUGUCUUUCAAUUGUUUGGGUGUAACUUGUCUUGAAUUGCAAAGAUAAUGGCUGGUGCACGGCACUGAUUGGUGUGUGUUUCAUGCACAGUGUACCGAGCGGCUGAAUUUUAUUGCACUAAAUUCUGUUCGGUAGCACGCUGUUCUUUGGUCUGAUUUAUUUACUUUUUUUCUGAGGGGAUGGAAUGUUUUAGUUAAAUUGAUUUCUGGUACUGUCUUCGGUUCACUGUAUUUUAAAUAGCUCAAGUUUCUGAAUUGCAAAGACUUCAUUUCAUGAGCACAAUUGGACAACUAUAACUGCACCAGUACUCACAGCAAAAACUACCAGUUGACUAUGCUUCGUCAAUAUGGAUCAAAUGCGUUUUGGAAGCGAUAAUCAUUUUUUCUUUAUUGCCACCAAUUAUUAAGAAUUCUUCAUCAAUUUUGUGUUGACAACACUAAAGAAAAGGCGACAUGGAAGCAAUCAAGCAACCCGUUGGUGUAAUUUUGCCUAUACUGUACACAUAGUUCAUCCAUGUUGAAACUGCAUGUUUAUACAAAAUACUGUACAUAAGAGCAUGUUUUAGAGACGGAGCAAAAAUAUCUCGUGUACUUAAAUGGGUGUCAUUUGUCAUUUUAUUAACACAUCAAAAGUGGUUUAAAAAAAAGAUGCACUGUAUAUUUUCUAAAUGAAACAAAUGAAUAUUUAUUUUCCAUGAGGGUCAUCGGAGGGAAUGCUAUCCAGAUGUUAGCGUAAUACUACUAAUUACUAGGAUCCUUUCCACGCCUGAAAUUCUUAAGCAAGUGUGUCGUCCAGUACUGUGCGUGAGUUCAUGUAGGAUGAAAAUAUAGCCGCAUGCUUGCUAUCUAAUCCCUUGUGGUCCGAGUACUAUAAUUUUCUUCUUUUUUUUUUUAACAUGCUUACCAUACAUCUUGGUUCAGGUUUUAUAUGAAAGCUACUUUGGCUUUACUUUCAAUCUUGUUUUGCAUUAGUUUAGUUUUUUUUUUUUUUUGGUUUUUAAUGUAUGGAACAAGGGUAUCCAAGUCUCCAAGCCUACAGUUUCCAAAAAUAUCCUGACUAUUACAAUAAAGAGCAAAAAUAAUAGCUGUAUUAUAAUCUUUGUGCCAAUGGUGAUCCUAAAUAAAGUACAGUAAUGUCUGGAUUAUUUCUUCCAGCGGGGCCAAAAUAAUGAACAAGCCUAUUCCACUGAUCACAAACGACUUGGAGUUUCCUGUCCCCCACCCCCCGACCCACUUUUCCUUGCUUUUCAUUUAUUCUUUGUAUUCAAAUGACCUUCUCGGCUAUGUGUCUUCAACUGUGUUUAUUAUACAAUAUAUGUAGAGAAGUUGAAUGAUAAAACUAAAGCCAUAAAACUCAAGCACUAACUCUUUAGAGCUCAGCUGCAGAGUUGGUCCUGACAUUCGGUUUGGAGCUCUUUGUUCAUUAAGAGGGCAAUAUGUAAGACAAAUGUGUGCAUCCACAACACUUUUUUAGGGCAGAUGUAUGUUUUAUUUAUUCAUUGACAGUAGCCUAUCUUUUAACAAUGGUAGGGUGAGUGUAUUAUUUAUCACCGUCAUGUCACACCAUUCUUUAUAACCCUUCCAAAAUGAUGUACUGAGGGCAUUAAGUGUAAUGUCUCAACUCAACUGGGGUUGCCUGCUUUUUAGCUUAGCAUAGUUUUGAUGAAAAUGACUAACAAAAUGGUUUCAAACCCAUUUUUACAAAACCAAGAACAACUUGUUACAGCAAACAUUUUAAUGCUGGCUUGCUUGAUUAUAAAAAUGUAAACUCAACAGCUAGCAAUGCUUUUUCUAGCUGGAUGCACUUAGCUAAUUGAGCUUAAUUUUUACAAAACAAUAAUAAUAAUAAUAAUAAUAAUAAUAAUAAUAAUAAUAGUGUUGUCAUAUUUACUAGCUAGAGAGGUUCAAGUUGCUGAUCAUAGCUUUAAAGACCAUGCUGUAAAAUACUCUCACCAGAACCAUAGUCAUGGCUCCAUUGUUUGGAGCAAGGCUAAGCUAAUAAUACAGUACAGGUAGUAGGAAGGGUUACCUCCGCCCCAGCUUUAGCUAAUGCUGCUAUCGUAGACAGAAAUACAACCCUUUGCAGGAGGUUAGCUUCGUGUAAAAACUGUUAAUGUUUUCAAAAUUACAAACACUAGCAAAAGGAAUUUUGCUUAACUUGGCCAAGUAUUAGCUUUUACUGCUCCGCUGAUGAUCUGAGUAGAAAAUAUUUCAGUGUUUUGGAAAGGCGGCCAGUUCCUUGCUGCGACCAACUGCAUUUGUUGCCAGAUUUCGCAGGGCCAGACUUGUUUACACAGUAACAUGUGAGACGACAAAGCAAAAGUAACUGCAGAAACAAGCACAUUGAUGAGAUUUUCAGUCUCUGCUAUUGUCACAAUCGACGAAGCUCGGUUGCGGUACAGAAAGGAUUGUGUAUUUGUUUGGAACUGAAGUAACAACCCUCCGCAGCAGCCAUGGUGCAACACUCGCAUCAUUCUUUCACAUUCAUUCCUAAAUGUGCAUUUGUAUUCAAAUGUUGCUCACUAUCUUUGUUUGUAACACGCAACGUGCGCAGCUGUUUUAGAUAUUUUAAUUCUGGGAUUUAAAAAGGGAAAACGUUCAUCAAUUUCAAACACACACAUUCAACUGUCAUCACUCGCUUUUUUUCAUUCGUGCUAUUAUUGAGCAAAAUGUGCAAUCACUUAUGUUCCUUCUAUGACGUAUUCUUCAGAUGCAGAAUGUGUGCAUUUGUCUACCUGAAUGUUACCUUUAUAUUUGUGUCCUUGUCCUGUUCCUGUGUAAAUCAUCAAUCAUUCUUCUCAAGAAGUGAGCGCCUGGAGUUCUUCCCCAAAUUCUGCUUUUACUGUGCGUAAAGAAUGCCGGCCUCCAUGUUUACAACAUGGACAUCGUGAAUACUGCCAAAUUCCUGUACCUGACCCCUUUUUGAACGCUUGCAUCUCUCAUUCAAGAUGUUUUCCUUUUUCUUUCUCUUUGUCAUUCUCUUCGAAAGCAAUGGAUCGGAGGACUGUCAGGUUGUGUCCUCUAGCUGUGUUCCUUCGUGUCUUGUGUCGUGGUGCGCGUGUUCAUGUCAGUACUUGUGCCUACUGUGGAUCGCAUGCUUUAGCCCUUGACUGGACACAAACAUUGCUCACAAACUCCUCUUGACCCUUAUGUGGACAAAUGUCGGGGAUCCUUAUAACAUUAUCAAGGGAGCCAAAUAACUUAUUACAAGUUUAUCAUAUGUGUUACCAGUUCUGUAAAAAACAAAAAUAAAAUAGGAAAUAAAGAACUUUUAAGUACAA